UGCGUCAUCGUUAGUCUCAGUCUGUUGGAAUUUUUCGUGGUGUGCGGUUCGUUCUCGCUUUAAAAAACCGAUUUAAAAUUGUUUUGAAAACUCUUUGGCGCGAGGGAAAAGCAUUAAAAACAUCCAUCUUAAGCACAAUUGCAACGCGUUCUUUAUUUUGGCAAUCGCUUAAUUAAUUUAUUUAAAAACAUUUUGAUUAAUUUAUGCUUCAAGUGCCUGAGUGUCUUUAAGUGCGUGUGAGUGUGUGUGACGGAAAUUAUUUCAAUAUUUAAGUGCAAAAUUACACAAAAUCAUUGUACAAGGAAUAAUAUUCUGCCCCAAAAAGAAAAUAAAAUGGCCCAAAGGGCUAAAUGUUAAUACAUCUUCAACAGUUGAGCAAAGUUUUCAAAGUGUGCAACGUGCGGAGAGUUGAGCAAGAGUAGCAGCCGUAGUUGUUGUCGUGUUAACUACCGAGUAGCGCUACGCCCGCUAAUCAAGGCCAAACCAUGGCAACAUUAAUACCCAUAAGCAGCAGCAGCGGCGGUCAUCCUCCACCAGCAGCGAGCAGCAGCACACAGUCCUCAAAUGUUGAGGCAACCUAUGAAGAUAUGUUUAAGGAAAUCACACGAAAGUUAUACGGCGAAGAGACCGGAAACGGUUUACAUACGCUUGGCACACCAGUGGCACAAGUGGCCACAAGUGGCCCCACAGCAGUACCGGAGGGGGAACAGCGUUCCUUUACGAAUUUGCAACAACUUGAUCGCUCGGCAGCGCCUAGCAUUGAAUACGAAGCCCAGGCAGGUGCCGGUGGCUCAAAUCCAAGCAAUAACAGCAAUAACGUGGCCUCUACUCAGGCCACAAAUGUAAUCCAAGAGCAACAACAGACAGAGUCCGGCAACUCUGUGGUAGUCACAGCCAGCAGCAGCAACAGUGGUGCUGGUGUUGCUGUGGUGCCGGCAUCCAGCGGUUUCAAAUCCGAGGAUCAUCUUAGCACAGCCUUUGGUCUCGCUGCUCUAAUGCAAAACGGUUUUGCUGCUGGUCCGGCUGGUCUGCUGAAGGCAUCCGACCAGCAACGUUGGGCACAAGAUGGUGCAGUAGCCACAGCAGACCAACAGCAACCACAAUUGGUUCAAUGGACAACUGGUGGAAAGCUACAAAGUUAUGCCCAACAACAACAGCAGCAACAGCAGCAGCAGCAGCAACAUCAGAGUACGCCCAAGUCCAAAAAACAUCGUCAAGAGCAUGCUGCUGAAUUAGUCUAUGCCAGUCCCUCCACAUCGACCAAUGCAGCCGGUGCACAGAAUCUAGCCCAAUCGACUCCCACCUCAGCGACCACAAGCAGCAGUGGCGGCAGCUCCUCUGGCGGUAGUCGCAAAAAAUCUUCGGCGCAGGCUCAGGCAGCCGCUGCUAAUGGUGUGCAUAUAGUAAAACGGUAUGCCUGCACCCAUUGUCCUUACUCGACAGAUCGUCGUGAUCUUUACACACGGCACGAGAAUAUCCACAAGGAUGAGAAGCCUUUUCAAUGUUAUGCCUGCUUGAAGCAAUUCAACCGUGCGGAUCAUGUGAAAAAACAUUUCCUUCGAAUGCAUAGAGAACUCCAGUAUGAUAUCAAUAAGACUCGACGACAUGUAUCGUCUGGUAGUAGUUCGAUCAGUGGUUCCGGCGGGCAAUCUCAUCAUCAUUCGGGCGGUCGAGGAAAUGUCACAAUAAAUGCCACUGGUGUUAAUAUUGAUAAUGCCUUUUUAGAGGCCCAACGACAUCCCACCUCGACCAGCAUGAGCAUUGUUGAGACCAUUGAAGCGGUGGCUUCGGCAACUGAGAUGCCGUUGGCACAACUGAAGCAAGAGAAACUGGAUGAUGGUUCAGUGUUACCCCUCCAUGUGGCAGCUGUUAUGAACAAUGCCCAACAACCAGUUGCUAGCUCUAGUUCUGGUUCAAGUGGUGGCGGUGGCGGAAACGGUGGCAGUAGUUCAUCUGGUCUCUUGAAACCCAAACGUGAGAAACGUUUCACCUGCUGCUAUUGCCCCUGGUCCGGGGCUGAUAAAUGGGGACUAAAGCGUCACCUAAAUACGCAUACAAAGCCGUUUGUUUGCCUGCUUUGUGAUUAUAAGGCUGCCCGAUCGGAACGUUUGGCCACACAUGUACUUAAGGUCCAUAAUAAACGGGCAUGCAGCAAGUGCUCCUAUCUGGCGGAUACACAGGAGGAAUUCCAGGCUCAUAUGAGUGAUGUUCAUCCGCAUGAUAAUCGACCAGCGAGAAGUAAUAAUCCAAGCAGCAAUUCAGCAGGAAAUGGCAAUAGCAAUGGCAACAAUGCCAAUGGCAACAACAACAAUGCAACACAUAGCCAAAACUUGAAUGUCUUGCGUACGAUUGGCAAUACCCUGGUGGCCCAUAAUAAUCAACUGAAUACGUUCCACAAUGCUGGCAACGCUUUUGGUGGCCAGAAUAUUGGUAAUUCCAAUGGUGGAGCCGUUACCAUUUAUACGACAACAACCAAUGAUACUGGCGUUUCUGGCGGUGGCGGUGGUAAUAACAUCUCUGGCGGACCCCUACAGGAGAUAAUUGUGAAUCCUACAUCAAUGGUCGGGUGGCGCUUAAGUGCCAAUGGUUCAUUGAUACCACCCCAUGAUCUAUUAACCGGCGGUCUACCAAAUGCCGCAACACAAAAACGCGGCUCGGAACGUUUAUUUCAAUAUUUGGAGGCCGAGGGCAGCGAUCCGGAGGACUAUGCGCGUCUACUAAAAAUGGAUGCAAUUAGUCGUAAUACUGCUUCGGUCGCUCAGGAUUUUCAUAAAGCGGGAGGCGUGCACGAGUUGAAACUACCAGCAAAUCAUCAACUCCUGUUCAAUAAUAAACUGCCUUCACAAUGGACGACUCGAGAGGCGGCAGCCCUGCUGCAUAGCCUAAGCAAUAUGGGCAAUAACAACAACCACAACACUCAACAACUCCAACAACACUCCAUUAAUAACAACAAUAGCAACAAGAAAUUUGGCAUACGUACCCGUCAACUAUCCACGGGUGAAGAUGAUGAAAAUACACCUUCAUCGGCAUCUUCAUCAUCUAGCGAUGAGUAUAAUCUAUCGGGUAAUUCACCAUUGAAGCUAAUGGUAAAGUUAGAUGAGGAUGAUGUUAAUGAUGUUAAACCAAAUAUCAAGUUGAUGAAGGAGAAGUCCUUGAUGGCAACGGCAUUUCUAGAAGCAGCGGCUUACGAGCAGCAGGCCAUCGAGCUACUCGCCAGUAAGCGAAAAAUUAAAAUAGAAAAUCAAGAGGAUCACCAUCAUCAUCAUCAACAUGACCUUGAUCAAGAGGAUCAAGAGAAUCGAGUGCAGCUUAUUAAAUCGUCUCCCGCGUAUAAAUUAAAUAAUAAUAAUCACAGUAAUAACAACAAUUAUAGCAAUUACUAUAAAGAAAAGUCGUUGCAUAGAAAUGCCGUACGCCAUCAGGAUAAUAAGGAGAAUUCAUCUAUGAUGGAUGUAGGUAGUGGUUCAACCACAAUUGCAUCGCCAAGCACAACAAAUGGCACACCAUCAUCAAUCAAUAGUAGUCCACCGAAUCAAACACCAUUCUUAACACAAAUGGAAUAUCAGAAUCUCAAUCGCAUUGGCACACAAUUUCAAAAUUAUGUUAAAGAUAUUAUCAAUAAAUAUUAUGCAGCCGAGACGCCACUAUUAAUGGCAGCAGCAGCGGCUGCAUUACCCACAGCCACGACAACGGGCCAACAGGAGGUGGUAGAACCAUCGCCCCAAAAGCGCCGUCGAUUGCUUAGCGAAACGGAGGAGUACAUAGAAUAUUUGCGUAACAAAGAGGAUAUCACUUUGACCAUAACACCCAAAUUGUCAGGUCCGCCCAUGAAGACAUCGCCUCCAACCCCAAUAGCUUCUACUCUUCCUCCUCAAUCACCACAGACAUCAUCAGGAGCCAGCUCUCUGCUCAAACGACAACUGGAUUUGUCUGCGCCCCGGAAAAGUCCUAAAAAGAACGCCCCACUAAGCACUACCAACUCCUCCACCUCCGCAAGCACCACAAACAACACCAGCAGCAACACCGUACAUUCACGCAAAUCUCUAAAUCAAUUGGCCACUCUGCUACCACUCUUAGCUGAUGCAGCCAGUAAGCAGGAAUAUCUAACUGCCCCCUUGGAUUUUAGCAAAAAGUCAUCGGAUAUGGAAUCGGCCCGUAGUUCACGCAAACAGGCGCAACCCAAAAAGAUACGCCUUACGCCGGAGGCCGUGAUAGCUAUGCUGCGAGACAAGUACCUCAAUCGCAUGGUUCAUCAUCGUUUGGGUUGCCUUAAAUGCAAUCAAAUGGGCAGAAAUAGUAGUUCCAUUAGCUUCAACUAUCACACACUUGGAUCUUUGGCUCUCCAUCAAUAUUGGCGGCAUCGGGGAAGUCAAAAAGGAAGCUCUAUUAAAUGUGAGCCUUGUGGCGGCAUUCAAUUUAAGGAGCGCUACAGUCUUGCUCUUCACAGGCGUCUCAAGCAUAAAGGUUGAAAAUCUCAGCCCAAACACACAAAAUUAUGAAAGUUGACUGAAUGACUCACUAAAAAACUCACUCAAAUUCUCUUUGCUUGCCCAGAGACUAGAAUUGUAAAAAUUAUUAUUUUACAAAAACUAAUUAAGUCUCAAACAACAAUUCUAUUUUGCCAUAUUUGAAAAUAGUUUUCUCUAAAAAACAAAAAAUUAAUAUGCAUUUAUUUUUUAAAUUUUAAGUUGUGAUGUACCUGAAAUAUGAUUUCUCUUUAAACGAAAAAAAAUGCAAAACAAAAACCACAAAAACAUGGAAACAGCAAAAAGUACAGUCAAAAAGAUAUAUAAUUUAGUUCUUUAUAAUUUAGUUAUUAAACGGGGAUUGUUCUAAAAUCGAGUAGUGUACGCAAUUCCAUAUAAUUUCUGUAAACAAAAAGUCUUAAAAUUUAAUAGGGAAAUCGGUUUUUGCAACAAAAUUGUCGUAUAUGUAUAUAUAUUCUGCAAUAUAUAUAAUCAGGUUUUGAGCAUGUAAACCAUAAGGUCUUCUGCAAACCAAAACUUGUGUCAAUGAAAUGAUCUGUUUGUUAACCGUUUUCUACUAUAAUUUUAUUUAUAUUCCAUUCAGAUCGUCAAAAUUGACGACACAUUUUUUGGUUGCCAAAAAAAAUUGAUUUAAUCAUUAUAUUCUCAUUCGAAUUGAUUGUUUCAACAUUCAUAAUCCAUUAUUCAAUUAUUGGAAUCACGUAUCGAAAGUUUAAAACAAAACUCCCUAUAUUAAACCCAAUCCUACUUUUUUGAAACUGAGCAACCAUCAAAUAAGUUUGACAGUUUUCUUUAAUGCUCCAAAUACACCCCUUCCAAUUACUUAUUACAUUUAUUAUUAAACUAAUAUUAUAAUUAAAAUAACAUUGUGAAGUAUAUAAAAAAGCUUUAAUUUGCCAUUUACAAAGCUGAA